CCGCCCCGCACCGCCUGCUCCGCGAACCCCGCUGCGCCUGCCGCCGCCGCCGCCAGGUCCCGCGCCCCGCUGCGCUGCUGGAGCGAGCCGCUCGUCCCGCGCCCGGAGUCCCAGAUGGCUUCAGUGACUGAUGGUAAAGCAGGAGUCAAGGAUGCCUCCGACCAGAAUUUUGACUACAUGUUCAAACUGCUCAUCAUCGGCAACAGCAGUGUUGGCAAGACCUCCUUCCUCUUCCGCUAUGCUGAUGACACCUUCACUCCAGCCUUUGUUAGCACUGUGGGCAUCGAUUUCAAGGUGAAGACAGUCUACCGCCAUGAGAAGCGAGUGAAGCUGCAGAUCUGGGACACAGCUGGGCAGGAGCGGUACCGGACCAUUACCACAGCCUAUUACCGUGGGGCCAUGGGCUUCAUUCUGAUGUAUGAUAUCACCAAUGAGGAGUCCUUCAAUGCUGUCCAAGACUGGGCUACUCAGAUCAAGACCUACUCCUGGGACAAUGCGCAGGUUAUCCUGGUGGGGAACAAGUGUGACAUGGAGGAAGAAAGGGUUGUUCCCACUGAGAAGGGACGGCUCCUCGCAGAGCAGCUUGGGUUUGACUUCUUUGAAGCUAGUGCCAAGGAGAACAUCAGCGUGAGGCAGGCCUUUGAGCGCCUGGUGGAUGCCAUUUGCGACAAGAUGUCUGAUUCGCUGGACACGGACCCCUCCAUGCUGGGCGCCUCCAAGAACACUCGUCUCUCUGACACCCCACCGCUGCUGCAGCAGAACUGCUCGUGCUAGGCAAGGCCUACCCUCCUGAUCGCCCCUCAUUGUGGCCCCACACCCUCUCUGCCUCCUCAGUUACACUCUGUCCACACCCAGCCCCAAGCAAGCUGAGUUGCUGCUGCUCUUUGCCUGCAGCAGAGGUGGAAGCAUGCCCUGGGAGUUCUCUGCAGAUGGCCCCACUUACAGACACUUAGCACUAGACUAACAGCCAGGUCACAGAUGGGUGGAGAUUUGCUUUACAAAAGAACACUCCAUUUUACAAAGGGGAUAUACUACAGGGACUUGGAAAGUGAGUCUCUUUUCUGCCUUUAUAAUAAGGUUUCCUCCAUUUACCAAAAUUUGACACACACUUUUCAGGGCCUGGCCAACUGUGUAAAGUGAGGCCCACUGGCACAGCUAACCCUAUUGAAGAAAACCUCCCCAUACACAA